AACAGACCUUCUCUUCUACACCCCUCUCGCUCUCCAACCAUGUUGGAUUUUUCAGCGCCGUCUCCGUCAGAGUCGGCCAGCUCUGGUUCCCACUCCUCUUCAGGCUUCGACUCAUCAGAUCUUUUGGACCUCAACUUGAUUUUGCAAGACGACAUGAUCCAGGACAGCCCAACGGAAACCGACUGGUCCCAGCUCACCUCCAUGUUCCAAGAGCCGAUGGGGUAUACGGGUUUUGAUAAUAUGGAUUUUGGGGCUUCCAAUAUGGUGGUUGAGCCCAGCCUAUUGACCAAGACGAGCCAUUACGAGUACGAUUUUCCGUUCACGUUCCAGUCGCCUCCUGUUCUUUUGGCUGCUGAAUAUGGCUCUGUACCCAGAAGGAUGAGUGUAUCAUCAUCUGAAGAGUCUUCGCUGGACCCCGCUGCAGAGCUGGCCCAACGAGUCCGUGAAUCAGCCGGUGUUGUAAUGGCCAUGCCUACAAUGGGUUCAAUGUCGUCUGCAUCACUGUCUUCAUCCUCUUCGGUAUCCUCGGCUGCAUCGACACCUCCUCCCAGCACCCCUCCCGCCUCCCAGGCUACCCCAUUCCACGCCACUGUCGUCCCUUCUUCUGCCACAACGUCCAAUACAAUACUCAUGUCCUCUCGGCCUAAAACAUCUCACACCACCAUCGAACGCCGGUACCGCACGAACCUCAACGCCAGAAUCCAGUCCUUGCGCAUGGCAGUUCCCGCCCUUCGGGUGUUGGAAUGGAACGAUGGGCCCAAGAAGAGCAAAGGAACGAAGGCCAAGAUCAGGAAUGAAGAAGAUUCGACAGAUAUCAUCGACGAGCGAGGAUACGUUGAUGGUGUCAAAGUGGCAAGGAAAUGCAGCAAAGCCAAUGUCCUCGGAAAGGCCGUCGAGUACAUUCGAGUACUAAAGAAACGAGAGAUGCGGUUAAAGUGUGAGCAGGAUGGACUGAAAGCUUUGCUUUCGGGGUUGGUUGGCGGACCUGCCCUACUGCACAGUUGGGAGAAAGAGUGGAAGGAGAAAUUUGGCGGUGAAGAGAAGGACGAAGUGGAUGCCCUUGAUAUCGAUGUUCCCGAGUCGGAUGACGAGGACAACGAUGAAGAGGAAGAGAGAAGAAGGAAGAAGCCCAAGAUUGAGGUUCCAUCUCCGACGCCUGACACCUCGGUACCCGCUGGUCUGCCUGUUGUACCCGAGAAGAGGAAGCGUGGUCGGCCUCGUAAGGUGGUACCCCCUGUGGCACCAGUUGAAAAACUUGGAGCCAAACUGGAAGCCCAAUCUCAGGCACCACAGUACCUGUUGGCGACAUUCGCGCUAUUCUCCUUCUUCAACAAUCCUUUCAGUUUGACAACACCUGCGUCAGAAUAUACUCACGAAGGAGUUAUUCUCAGUGCCAGACCCCAUUCUACUCUCAGCACAUCCCAGUCAUUGAUUCAGGCGUUCCAUCUUCUUGUAUCGGUUUUAGUGUUCUUCUCCAUUCUAUGGCCGUGGAUAGGCAAGAUCAAGGGCCGGGUCAACUUUGACUUUGGAGCGUUUCGUACCGCUAAGAAGGAAGUUCAUUUCCCGACCAUGACGCGGACCGCUAGUCUGUUGGUAGCCCUUGAGCCGGCCAAGAGAGGUAAACAAGGCGAGGCGGAACAGCUUUCAAAGGCUCUCGGGCAGGGUCGUAAAGGAGAAUCAUUCGAGGAAAAAGGACUUGAACAGCGGGCGCAGGUCAGGCUUGCAGAAAUUUGCGUCUUCAAUCCAGAGCGAACGUCGCUGAUUACUCGAUUGCUUACAAUGUACCGACUUCGCAGUCGCCUUCCCUGGUUCAGUGCUAGCGCGGGCGACUUGAGUACGCUGGCGAUGCUAUCGUGCCCUGUGGCAAAGAGGCAUGCGGCCAGUAUCUGGGAAGCUGCGAAACGCGACGGUGGCAUCGCUUGUGCUUACGAGCGAUUGGUGUUGGGAUCUGUUGAUGUCGACGAGGCCGUAUCGCGGCUGAAAGCCGCAGGUACCAAAGCCGAGUGGGAUAGAUACACUCCAAUCGGUGUUGUCGCGUGUACCCUUGUUUUGGAACGCACGAAAGCCCAUUUGGAAGGCAUCUUCGUCGAGUCUGUUGUCCCUGCUGGUGUUGAAAAUGCCAGUGAGAGUGACAAAGAGGAGGAGCUCCGUAGGAUUACUGUUGACGCUGCCCGAUCCUUGGGUGGAAAGAUGGCGGAGCUUGGAGACGUCUUUGAGAAAGUGUGGCUUGGCGGUGGUGGUGGCCUGGAAGGAGUGUGGGUUGACGAUGACCAGGAAGAGGAGGAGGAAGACGAUGAAGAGGAGAAGGGUGUAGAGCGUGAUAUCAAGUCGCUGAUCCGUGGAAUUAUGCUUUAUAGGAAGCUGUUCCCCUCUGCCGUGAUGGGAUGUGGGGGUGAGGGCGUGUCUAUCCUGCUGAGCCCCCCGCCGAGUCCGUCGUUGACUGACCAUGAAGGCGCGGGGUACAAGUUGAGGACGAUUAUGGGUAGGAAGGUGUUUGAUGGUGAGGAGGUUGAGGAGGCGAGGGAUAGGGUUGUUGAUGUGCUCGUUGCGUCGGAACGUCGUGGGAGGCCAUUUUAG